AUGGCAACUCGGUAUCUGACUCGGUCUAUACUCACCACCACCAGGCAAACCCUAACUGCCACCAUUUCCCGCUCCUACUCUGCUGUCUCAUCUGCUGCACCACCACAAUCCUCCUUUGUCCGUCGCCUCCGGCCCCUCCUUGUUGCGGCGUCCACUUCCCAUUUCCAUCGCCUGGCCCCUGCGUUCUCGACCAGGGGAUUCGCGACCCGUCCUACAUCGUCUUCACUUAAUGAUCCGAAUCCGAACUGGUCGAACCGACCCCCGAAGGAGACGAUUCUGCUCGAUGGGUGUGACUUUGAGCAUUGGCUCGUCGUCGUGGAAAAGCCCGAGGGUGAACCAACCCGAGAUGAAAUCAUUGACAGCUACAUCAAAACCCUAGCCAAAGUCGUUGGAAGUGAGGAAGAAGCAAGAAUGAAAAUUUAUUCAGUCUCUACACGGCAUUACUUUGCAUUUGGAGCACUUGUGGGAGAGGAAUUGUCUUACAAGUUGAAAGAAUUGCCCGGAGUUAGAUGGGUGCUUCCUGAUUCCUAUUUGGAUGUCAAGAACAAGGAUUAUGGAGGGGAACCAUUUAUAAAUGGACAGGCUGUGCCAUAUGACCCUAAAUACCAUGAGGAGUGGGUGAGAAACAAUGCUCGGGCAAAUGAGAGAAAUAGGCGCAAUGACAGGCCUCGUAACUUUGAUAGAUCCAGAAAUUUUGAGAGAAGAAGAGAUAUGCAGAUGUCUAAUCAGAACUCUGGAGCCAAUAUGGGUGGUCCAGCUGGUCACAUGGGAAGCCCACCAAACAUGGGUGCGUCACCUAAUAUGGGAGGAAUGCAGCAGCAGCCCAGCAACCCGGGAGGAAUGCAGCAGCAGCCGCAGCCCAACAUGGGAGGACCACCAAAUUACAUGGGAGGUGCACCGCCUAAUAUGGGAGGAACGCAGCAGCAGCCCAGCAACCCGGGAGGAAUGCAGCAGCAGCCCAACAUGGGAGGACCACCAAAUUACAUGGGAGGUGCACCACCUAAUAUGAGGGUCAUGCAGCAGCAGCCCAACAACCCAGGAGGAAUGCAGCAGCAGCCCAACAUGGGAGGACCACCAAAUUACAUGGGAGGUGUGCCACCUAAUAUGGGAGGAAUGCAGCAACAGCAGCCCAACAUGGGAGGACCACCAAAUUACAUGGGACGUGCGCCAUCUAAUAUGGGAGGAAUGCAGCAGCAGCCCAACAUGGGAGGAUCACCAAAUUACAUGGGAGGUGCUCCAAAUAAUAUGGGUUACCCCCCAAAUAAUGCAGGAGGAAUGCCCAACAACACAACAAAUUACCAGUACCAGUCCAGGAAUGGACCCAACACUGAAGGAAUGCCUCAUCAGUCAGGUCCAGGGCAAAAUCCAGGCGGCUAUGGUCCAAACACAGGGUUGGUUCCUGGACAAAAUCAGAGUAGCUAUAGUCCAAAUAUGGGAUCCAGUCCAGGACAAAACCAGAACUACGCUCAAAAUUUUGGUGGCGGGAACCCUUACCAAAACCAGAAUAUACCUGGAAGAGACGUGCCCCCACGUCCAAAUGAUCAGUAG